UCAGAGCACAAACUGAUCAGUGUGCCCUGAUGAUCAGUGUAGCCCCAGCAGUGCCACCUGUCAGUGUCCAUCAAUGCCAGCUGUCAGUGCUCAUCAAUGCUACCUGCCAGUGCUCAUCAAUGCCACAUCAAAGCCACAUAUCAGUGCCUACCAGUGCACAUCAAUGCCACAUAUCAGUGCCCAUCUGAGCUGCCUUUCAGUGUCACCUAUCAGUGCCACCUAUCAAUGCCAGUCAGUGCCACCUCUCAGUGCUGCCAAUCAUCAGUGCCACCUAUCAAUGCGUAUCAGUGCCACCUAUCAGUGCUCGUCAAUGCUGCCUAUC